CGUUGUCGGAACAGCCCAACGGUAGUCGACUUUAACGAGCGCCUCUUUUUCCGCAAAAAGUUUAUUUUCAAACCGGGCAAAAACUGGUACCGCGAUAAUAGCUACGCGGGGGUGAUAGUGCAGCCUACAGCGUAUACUAUACAGCGCUAAACAUUUUACUAUAAUAUGUUACGCCGUGCGGUAAUCGGGGAAUUUUUCGCAUGAGUGGAAAUAUUGAAAAAUCAUUGCAAAUUUAUGAACAAUUCAAAAUUGAGAAUAUAAAAGUGGACAAAUUUAUCGCCGAUUUCAUAAACGUUCCAUAUACGCUGUACCGCAAUCAUGUGGAACCGAAAAGUGUUUAUAAGAAUCAUUGAAGUGCUCUUCUGCAUGGCCUGCGUGAUAGCGCUUAGGGUUACCGAUGACGAAAGUCGAAGAGUUUUUCACUACCUUAGAAAUCGAAGUAGGGAGUGGUCGCUACUUAACAACGUCACCUGGGGCACGAUAGGCGCAGCAUUGGCUACAGCUACGUGCGGUGGCUACGUCAUCGUCACCGUAGGACUUUUGGUGGCCGCUGCAACCGGCGAACUUCGGGGUAGAUUGACGGAACUAUUUCUCCUGGGACUUGGUGUAAUUUUAUUUGGGGUCGUCGGAGCUCUUUCCUUGGCGUCGAUCGACAGCGUCCCGGAGGAUCUGGUAGACAAUGCCGCGGUUCUUGGAGCUCUGUGCCUCCUGACGGCUCUGGUGUUCAUCGUUGAUCUUCUCAUGAAGGUUCCUGGGAACAAAAAAAAACACGACAGCACCCAGACGAACGGCGACAAGGAUUUCGUAAAGGUACCCAUGGCAACGCUGAACUCAGAGAAAGAAACUAAAUCAUCGGGGAGUAACAACAACUCGAUAAAAUCUCCUACGGAAAAUUCUGCGGCUGCUAAAGGAUCCGUUAAUACCGGUUUCGACCAAUCCGAAUCGUCUUCCGAUCAAUCGACCGAAAAAAUUUACACUCGGGGGGACCAACCGUCUUCGCGUGCGGGUGAUCCCGACGCCGAUGAGCGGGAUGUGGAGAUCGUUCGAAACGGCCAUCAGAAUAUAUCGGAACGUGGAAGACCGCAGGAUGUGUACGAAGUCGAACGUAAUCGGAAGUUCCAGGAUGUUGGAAAACAAUUACGAGAAUUUACGCAGGGAUUCGAGUCCACCCAAAAUGUUAGUAACGCGGGUGCUGUCAGGUACCGAAACGCGGAAGACAGGAACAACGCGAGACGGGAAUAUUUCGAGGGAGAAACACGACCGUACGAAAGGGAGAGUAUGAACGGCGGCUACUUUAGAAAUAAGGACGCUUACAGACGUCCCGUCGACGAAGUAGACACACCCCUAUUUCCGACGAAUCUUCAGCAGCAGGACGAUAGAGGCGAGCCAAUUUUCGCGAAGAUCAUAAAUCCCGGUGUAAAAAUAAUGCGAGUUGAUCGCGAUUUCGGCGUCAGCAAUAUCCACCAGGACGAUUACAGAAAUUCAGAUUCGAGUCAGUACGACAACGUACCGACGAGGAUGCGCAGGAUGUCACCUGGGAUAUUGAAAAAGAAUCGCGACGUUUCCUUCAACAUUCCAUCGCCCCCGAAAAUAUUUUCAUCCGGCAAUAACAGGCACAGAGACGAAAUAGAGAGACUCGAGGAGGCUUUCACAGCUUUACAGAAUUCGAUAGGAACUCAGACGAAUUCCGGCAGUCAGAGGGACGUUAAUUCCCCGUCGUCACCCAAUGAUCCUGGAUACGUGAAACACACCGCUAGCAAUUGGCCUCACGAUCGCAAAUCAAAAACCCCCGGAUCCAGUCCAGAUCACGAGAGCAAAUGAUCUGAACAACAGACGAAACAAAAAAAAAUCACAACCUGCCUCGCGUUCGUAUCAAUUAUUUUAAUUUCAACAAAAAAUAUUUCUUCAAUUUAUAUCAGAAGAAAUAAAAAUUGGUUCACCUGUAAUUUUGCCUCUUUCAUCGUGACGAUUUUGUUUUCUCUAUUCACGAAGUCGCCUCCCAUAUUGUCACUGCAAUAAAAUUUUUAUAACUUUCACACCGUUAAAUUACACAAUCUCCGUUUAGUUGAAAUAAAAUUGAAAGAAAACCUGGCUUUGCUCGACUCUCGUUCCAUGGCUACAUAUUUCCUGUAUUUCACACGUUUUUUGUCAACCAUCGCGACGUAUCAUCGCUGAGCCAAGUCUGCGAACACCGAGUUUUUGUUUUUCAUCAAUUAAUUUACAAGCGCUUAAUUUUUCUGAUCAAAAGAUCAUCUCGUUAUCAUUGUACAAACAUUUAUUUCGUGUAUAAUACGCGAUAAUUAUUGCAACAUCACACCUAUGUAUCUUUAGAUUGUAGAUAAUUCGGUCACAAAUAAUUUCCCUACUUAUCCAUUUUUCUUUUCCCCAAUUUUCAUUUGCUUGAUCAUACGAACGAUGUGUAACGAUAAUGUUUAAUGAGAAAAAAAACAAAAAUUUCCUAUAAAAUCAAGGCUUCAAGUUAAUCUACGCAGACACGAUCACGUAAAGCUUAUGUUAACGAUAUUAUUAAUAACGAUACUUAAAUAAUAAAAUACAUAAUAAUUUCUCUUCUUCCGUUGUAUGCGCCAGUUCGAUCCAAUAAAAAUGAAAGUUGUACACUAUAUUACGUAAAGGAAAUUCAAGGAUAUAUCGUUUGAAUUAAUGACGUAGGCCUUCGUUUGGUACACAAUUUGUUAAAACGUUCGAUGUUUUUUUCUUUCUUCAUAUAUAUAUAUAAAUGUUAUAAAAAAUAAUAAUCGUGUGUUAAUAUUAAUAAUAUGUGUAUUGUAUAUUUUUUAACGACGUGUUAGGUACUUAGCUGUUAAAAUUAUAUUGUUAUAUUAAUCAUAUAAUUACGUGUAGUAUGUAAUGCAACUUUUUUUUUUUUUUCGUUAUAUAUCGCUAUGUAUUUUUCGGAUUACUAUCAUUUGUAUUUAGCUUAUUAUACAAUUUAUAAAUAUACAAAUCCAUUCAAGUACCUAAAAUUCACAACGUACGUGUUGCGUGAUCUUUAAAAUUGCUAAAAUUUAUUAAACGUACGAUUGGCUGGUAUAUCAUCGAUGAAUGUUCAAAGUUGUUCAACUCUAGACAAAAUUCCAUUCUGGAUCUCCAGCUCUUCUUUCUUACUUUCUUUUUUUUUUUUUUUCAAUACUCGUAUUUACAGUAAAAAAAAAAGAUAAUUAUAAUUACUUAUAAAUGCUAAUUACUUGAGCAUUUUCCACGCCCUCUCCCUUCCUCGCUCCGAGUCUUGAUAUGUGCGCAUGUGAGUUUUAAUAUCAGAAAAGUAAAAUCUACGAUUCUUAAUUCAUUAAUAAAUCUACCUAUUGUGUAGUGUGCUUGAAAUUUACACUCGGAUUUGGCGCAAUCGUUGUAUCCAUUCAUGAGAUGAUUAGUUAACUCCCACGUAGUUUCUAAUAAGCAUGGAUAAUUAUUUAAUAUUUUCUUAGGAUAACACGACUACGUUCUCAAUUUUCAUAGCGUAACCAAUGUAUUUACAGUGUAUGAAGUAUUAAUAAAAAAAUUAUGAAAAAAGAGUA